AUGGCCGAAGAACAAGACGUCUAUGAAGUCGAGACAAUCGUACAGGCCAAAGUGGCCGUUAAGAGGGGAAAGAAGCUUCAAUGGAAGUACUAUGUGAAAUGGAAAGGAUUUGACGGCGAGAACGACAACACCUGGGAACCGAUAGAGUCUUUUAGCGGAGGCUCUGAACAUUUCUUGUCGCACUUCUGGUCGCGUGUGGACGUCGGUGGCCGGGAUAUAACUGAUGCGACGGCUUUCAAAAAAGGAGAGAUAGUGUUCCCUGUUGGUCCUCCCCGUAUGGGCAAGGGAAAGUCGCCCGAAAACGAAGGAUCCCCCCCUGAAAAGGAAGAAGGCAGCCACGUUAGGACAAGCACGGUACGACAAACGAAGCGGGAGCCGGAAACGCCUGCCAGUACAUCUCGGGGCUCAGCAUCGAAGCGGAAAAGAGAUCGUUCCCCAGCUCCUGUCGAGCCAAGUCCAAGGGAGAAACGGCCACGUACGCCGAGUAGCAAGGCUUUGGCUGCUUCGGCAGUUUCUCCUGCUACUAAACGCCCCAAACGGCGGUCGACCGGAGAUUCUCGGAGAAAGACCGUCCCUGUAGUCGAAAUGACCAUGAGUCCCUCUAAGUCUACUCCGGCAAAGCCCAACGUAAGUCCACGUACAAGGAAGCGACAGAAUCGGUCGCCCUCAGAAAUCCCUCCAUCGGUUGAGGGAGAUGAGGUCGAAGCAGGUCGCAGCUUUGAGCCCGAUCUACAGCAUGCCACUGAUGACGAUGCUGACGGUGUGACGGACCCGGAUGCCGUAGCGGGGGGUGAAGAUGAAGACGCUAUGCGCGUGGCGGCGCAGUUGGCUGCCAGUGGCACGUCCUCGGGUUCUUCGCAAGAGGUCUCGUCGUCGCAUGCUAAUCGAAGUCCCGCUGCCAAGCCCGUCGUUAGAUUUGCCGCUGAGCCCUCUGGUCGUCAACAAGUAAACGGCGAGACACCGACUGAAAGAAAACAAUCGGGCAAGCUGGCACUACGAGACCCUCCUUCCGCCCUAAAACAAAGUCCAAAAGGAAAGGGAACUUCAUCCCAAGUUGUCGGCCCUGUGAAGGUCCCCUAUAAAGGGGUCACGCCCCGAAAGAGUUCUCUCUUGACCUUCGCAAAAGGCACGUUAGCAACAAUGAAGGGUAAAUUCGUUCCAGAACGUCCUGCGGCGCUGGAAGACCCGUCAGAACCCCGCAUUGGCCCAGUAGAAUUUGACCCAGAUCAGGUUCUGCCGUUCGAGGUGGUUAAUGAUGACGGUAGUUCAGACGACCAACUAGUACUUCAGCAUUCUUCCGUCACAACGUCUGUCGAGUCGAAGACUUCGAGGGUACCACCGGCGGGUGAACAACUUCUAGAGGCUGCGGGCUCGAACUCCGAAGCAGGCGGUCUUCCCGCUUCCGAGGACGUCCAAAUGCAUGUCGAGCCUUCUGCGGGUGAACAGCCUGCGCCUAUUGCCAAUGUAGCUAUUUCUUUGAACGGCGCGGAUCCUGAGACCCUUGUAAGACCUUCGUUCAGUGCGAUGUGGAGCCAGUCUACCAUUUUUGGGCCACUGGGACUGGGUGCGAGCGUCAUGCCUAGCAAUUCAUUGAGUGCCCCGUCAUCCUCCGAUGCACAGACUGUCCCUAAGCCAUUCCUUCUUGCGAUCAAUCCUGAAACCACGAUCCCAAUAGCUUUCCAAGAUGCAAACCUUGGGGCGUCGCUGGAGCAGUCUACACUCGAUGUCGUGGUCGCAAAAUGUCAGGCUAAAGGACCACCGGGAAAGCUGUACAAGGACAUUGCUGUCGUAAACACCCUGACGACCAGCGGUUCGUCCGCGAGGGUUGUCCCUCAUGAUAGCGCGGAUGAACGCCAUAGGGAGCAACUUGCGGAGUUCCAUAAGCUCCUGGGCGACCAACAUCUUUUCCUGGCCGUCGCUGCGGAUUCACUCCUGGCAUUCUGUUCGUCCGAGAACAGGGCAGUAGCCGAAAAGCUCGGAGUCCCAGCGGCGUUGAUCGGACUUCGAGAGACGAUCAUAGCUUCACAUGUGUCCAUACAAGACCACUCAACUUUCGUUGAUUUCGCCGUCGAGGCGGAAAGCGUGAAAUCGUAG